AUGCCCAGUGACAAAGGUGAUCCUAGAGCCCGACGCUUCAGCGUUGACACGGAAGAGCUGCAAGAUGUAUUUAAUGACAGUCAAGCUGCGAGACGCCGGGAUAUAUCGAUCAGCAGAUCAACACGUACCUCGACCAAGGGAGGUCUUGCGGUGGAAAUGGGAAAUCACGGCACUGGGGAGGGGGAGGAGGGACACUCUUGCCCUCAGUUCGUGUCAGCCUCCGAACCUCGAGUUCAGAGCAAGAAGCAAUCUCAAAGUGAGACAAAACCAUCAGAAUUUCUCCGGCCUCAAGACUCUCAGUCUCAUAUAAACCCAGUUCCAGACAUCAUCAGUGAAAGCAAGAGUAAGGAUGUUUCAAUGGAGAGUUCUCUGACAUCUGAGCUCCAAUCAUCACCCGGCAGUGAUGAAGAUGAACGUCAACAUACUGGCUUACGUGUCAAUGAGGAUGCUAUUGGCCUAUAUGAGGUUCCUUCCACAACAUCAGCAACACUAACAGAAGUACUAAAAGACACACUUAUCCGUUGUGACUUACCACUAUCGAAUUGCCGAGGUCAAGGCUAUGAUAGUGCAAGUAAUUUUCAAGGCCAUGUCAAUGGAGUUGCUGUCCAACUGCAAGGAGAAGAACCACGAGCAGUUCAUGUCCAUUGCCUGGCCCACUGUAUCAACUUGGCUUUGCAAGAAGCCACUAGAGCAUGCAAACCUCUCAGGGAUGCUCUUGACAUCACAAUUGAAGUGAACAAGCUCAUUAAAUAUUCUCCAAAACGAGAACACCUAUUCAAGAAUCUUCAAAAAGCUCCAUCCAUUGAGAAGCGUCUUGACAUGGAUGUGCCUCAAACUGAAAGAACUCGUGGCUUACGACCUCUGUGUCCAACACGUUGGAGAGUUAGAACAGGAUCUAUCAACUCUGUUUUGGAGAACUUUGAUACUCUUCGAAAAGCAUUUGAAGAAAUCAAUAAGGGUCACGAUGAGAAUGCCAGGAUUGCAGGUGGUUUACUUUCACAGUUUGACCAGUUUAGUGUGCCUUUUGGGCUGAAAGUUUCUUCCCAAAUUUUUGGUGCAUCAGGGCAAUUGUCUUCCUCCAUUCAAAGCGUAGAAACAACGGCAAAGGACGCACGAAAGGGAGCAGAGCAAGUACUGGCGUAUUAUGAUAAGCUGAGGAGUACAGAUACUUUUUCAGAGUUCUACAAGUCUGUUGUUGAUGAAGCUGAAGACAAAACUGAUCCUCCACGUCUACCACGCUACCGGAAGAGGCCCACGAGCUUGGAUGAUGGAUCUAAUACUCACACGUUUCCUUCUGUGGAAGAUUAUUGUCGCCAACAAUAUUUUGAAGGUCUAGGCAUGGUUUCAGAGCAACUAAAGCGGAGAUUCUCACAGAAAGGAUUUGAAACUGCUGUGGAGAUAGAGCAACUGUUGCUGUCUGCUGCAAAUGGACGGAACUUUCAAAUAUCUUCUCACAUCAGAGAACUCUACAAAGAUGAUGUUGACUUUGUUCGAUUGAACUGA